UGCGCGCGCACAGUCGGCGGCCGCGCGCAGCACGCUCAAAGCCGGGAUGGCGGCGGCGGCGGCGGCAGGAAGCGGGACGCCCCGAGAGGAGGAGGGACCUGCUGGGGAGGCAGCGGCCUCGCAGCCCCAGGCCCCAACGAGUGUGCCUGGGGCUCGUCUCUCGAGGUUGCCUCUGGCGCGAGUGAAGGCCUUGGUGAAGGCAGAUCCCGACGUGACGCUAGCGGGACAGGAAGCCAUCUUCAUUCUGGCACGAGCCGCGGAACUGUUUGUGGAGACCAUUGCAAAAGAUGCCUACUGUUGCGCUCAGCAGGGAAAAAGGAAAACCCUUCAGAGGAGAGACUUGGAUAAUGCAAUAGAAGCUGUGGAUGAAUUUGCUUUUCUGGAAGCAUUAUUCACAAUAACCAAGAUAUAGAAUCAACCUGUGUUCCUCAAUGGAUGAAUGGAUAAAGAAAAUGUGAUAAACAUACACAAUGGAAUAUGAUUCAGCUUUAAAAAAGAAGAUGCUUUCAUGUUUGACAACAUGGAUGAACCCAGAGGACAUUAUGCUAAGUAAAAUAAGCUAGGCAGAGAAAGACAAAUACUGCACGAUAUCAUUGACAUGUGGACUCUAAAGCAGUUGAACUCAUAAAAACAGGGAGUAGAAUGGUAGUUUCUAGGGGCUGGAGGUGGAGGGGAAUGGAGAUGUUGGUCAAAGGGCACAAAGUGUCAGGAUGAAUAAGUUGCAGCAAUCUAUUGUACAACAUAAUGACUAUAGUUAAUAAUAAUGCAUCGUACACUUGAAAAUUGCUAAGAGAGUAGAUCUUAAAUGUUCUCACCAUGAAAGAAAUGAUAAGUAUUGAAGUGAUAAAUAUUUUAAUCAGCUUGGUUUAAUCAUUUCCCAAUGUAUGAAAACAUCAUAUUGUACACCAUAAAUGCACAUACUUUUUAUGAGUCAAAUAUACUUCAAUAAAGCUGAAAAAAGAUUAACAUCAAUAGUAGUAAGUCAUAUUGAUAGCAUAUACCCUCUAAUGAGGUGACAAGAAUGGAACUCUACCUCUGUUUUUUUCCCUAUAACAUAUUACCCCUGUGUAAUCAUGAAAAAAAUGUCAAAAAAAUUCCAACUGAGGGAUCUGCCACAAAAAACCUGAUCACUGUGCCUUGAAACUAUCAAAGACAUCACAAACAAGGGAAGUCUGAGAAACUGUCACAACCAAGAGGAGCCUAAAGAGACAUGAAUGUAAUGUGGCAUCCUGGAUGGGAUCCUGGAACAGGAAAAAGACACAAAAAAAAAAACUGGGAAGAAAGUAUGGAUUUUAGUUAUGAAUUAUUUAUAAAUAUUGAGUUUAUUCAUUGUGAUAAAUGUACUAUAUUAUCAGACAUAAAUACUAAGAAAAACUGAGUGUGGCGUAUCUGAAAACUUUUUGUACUAUCUUUGCAACUUUUCUGUAAAUCUAAAACUGUUCUAAAAUAUAACUUUAUUAAAAAUGGCAAUGAUAAACUCAUCGAAAGUUAACAUAAAUAAUACAUGAAUUAAAAACUAUUCUGUUUAUUUCAAAAAAAUUAUUAAAGAGAGGGGCAUUGUUUUGCAUUUUUGCAAAUCCCUUUAAUAGCUAGGUUGAUAGACAUCUGGAUUCUCAUAUCUGCUUCUAUAUUCAGUGUGUUGUGAUAUCAGAAAUCAUGGAACCUCUGAAAAACUCUACUGUAGACUCAUGAGAGAAUGAAAAAGGUAAAUAAUGUCUUCCUGUCUUUAUAUAAGUAAUUUUAACCUCAUAUACCUCUUAAAUGUAUCGCAGGAGUUUUGUUACUACACUUUGAGAAUGCUGACAUAUAUUGUAGAACACACAGGUUAUAAACUCCAGGUUAUUAACAGAAAAACUGGCAAGGGAAUAUGAGAAUAGAAAGUGACAAAUUUCCUUUUUCUAUAAGUGGAAGUAAAAAAUGAAUUCUGUUAUUAAAAUUAUGUCAAUAGUUGUCAAUAUAAUGCCAAGUGACAUUAUAAAUAUUGUAAAUGUUAAUAGCUAUGGAAAUAGGGAACAUUUUAAAAAAAAACUUUAGGAUAACUAUUUAUAUAACAAAAUAAAACAUAUGUGUCUUUGAAAUUACCAAAGAUAAUAGUCAACAAAACCAUCUAUAAAGGAAAAAUAGAAAAAAGAGGAAAUAAAAACCAGAAAGUAUUAAACCAAAUGAUGAAAGAAGACCAACUAUAACAAUAUAUAUAGAUAAAGACAAUGAGUGUGAAAAUGUUCAACUAGCCUAUUAAAAGAAAAAAGAAUCUUAAGUUAUGAACCGAUAUCAAAAUAUACUGUAUGUAAGAGGAAUUCUCACAACAAAAUGAUAGAGGAAAACUAAAUAUAUGGAAAAAACUAAAACAAAAUGAUGAAAAAGUAUAAGUAAACAAAUCAGAGGUGUUAUUAUUAAUACUACAGGAAGUAAUGUUAAUGGCAAAAAAGCACUAAAUAGAGAUAUAAAUAUAUUUUCUGUUACUAAACGUAUAAUCUAUAGUGAAAACAAACAUAUCUUCAGCACAUGUAAGGCGAAGCUUUUAAAAAUAUAAAGAGAAUUUAGCAGAAGGACAAUUACAGUGAAAGAUUUUAAGGUAUCACUCUCACUCUAUGAUCGGAUAAGUUAUCAAAAAUCCGUAACAGCAACAAAUUGAACAAAACAAUAAGAUGAUUCACUAACCAACUUUGAAUCCUCAUCUGUCUCCAUAUUUCAGGCCAUAAAGAGCAUUCUAAUAAGUCCCAGAAGGUAACCUUUGGUAUAUGCCAUAGUCUGUUUUGCAUAAGAAAGGAAGGAAAGAGGGAAUGGAGGCAAGGAUGAAAGAAGGAAGGGGGAAUGGAGGAAGCAAGGAAAGAAGAAAGGAAGGAAGAAAGGAAGGAGAAAAGAAAGAAAGAAAACUUGAAAUACAUUGGACCUAAAAUUUUUCUAAAUACCUAUUGAGUCAAUAAAAAAAUUUAGGUAGUGGUAGAUUGUUUAAAAAGUAAAGAAUACGAGAGCACUAUAUAUCAACGUUUAUGGAAUGGAGACAAAAUGAAUUUUAUUGGUAGAUGUUUUCACUAUUUGACAAUUGAAAAUAAAUGAACUGAGUAUUAAAAUAAAAAAUCCAGAAAAUGUGCAUUUAAACGAACUUAGGUAGAGGGAGAAAAAUAAAAAUAAAAGAUACGUUAAAGAAUGAAAGGCAAUAGAAUUGGUAAAUAAACUAUUUUGGCAAGUAUUUUGGAAAAAAUAGAGGAAGUAGAAAUUAAAAAUGUGAAAAGAUGAUGUAUAAUUGUAUGUUAUUAAAUUAAAAAGUCACUAUGAAAUAGAUUUUUUUCUUAAAAAUAUAAAUUAACAAAUUGAAAAAGCAGAAAAACUAAAAGUGGCAGUGAUGAAAUAAAAUGUAUUAUAGAGUUUCUUUCAUAAAGGGCUCAAGGGCGAGCUGGUUUUAUGGGUAAGUUCCUUUGCUAAUUCCAACUGUCUUUGGAAAACAAAGACAGUUUUUAAAAGCAUCCCUAGCCUUGAUACCAAAAUCUGACAAAGACAGCACACAGAAAACCAAACAAAUAUUACUUUUUGAUAUUGAUAUAAAAAUCCUAUGUAAUAUAACUAGUCAGUAUAUUAAAAGCAUAACUUACCAUGACCAACUAAGAUUUAUUCAAAAGACACAGGGAAUAGAAUUAAAAUGAUUUGCAUACAUGGGGUACAUUAAAAUAUACUUUUCUCAACAGAUGCUGAUAUAUUUUUACAAAACUGUCAUACUAGGAAGAGUAUAAUGCUUCUUAAAAUAAUAAAAUGUGUGACUAUUGAUAAACAGUC